AUGCUUUCUAAUGUGCUCCAUUUUGUUACGCUUUUUGUCAAUUUUCGAAUGCUUUGGGCUGGAGAAGGCUGGACAGAAACGGAUUCACAACAAUCUCCAGCUCCGCCUCCGGCUUCGACAAGCAAUCAUUCAGAAAUAGAGAAACGGCGUCGUGAUCGUAUGAACGAGUUGAUAGGAGAACUUAGCGCUUUAGUUCCAGCAGCAUCAAAUAGAAAAUUAGACAAACUUUCUGUUUUACGACUUGCACUGCAACAUAUUGCAUCAUUAACAUCGAAUCAUGAUGGAAGUGCAGAUUGUGGGGCUAGUGGUGAGACUCUGCCGAUUACGGAGCUGAUUGUAUUAAUUGAAAAAUCAACCAACGGUUUCUUAAUGGUUGCCGAUGUCGAAACAGCCAACAUUGUUUACGUUUCUGAUGCUGCCACGAAGUGUUUAGGAAUAUCAGCGGAAGAUUUGAUAAAUAGGAAUUGUUUUGAUAUUUUACAUCCAGAAGAUGUGCGAACAUUCAGGGAUGAAAUAAUGACAACUCAUCUGAACUCGAGGCUGUCCUCUGAAAUUGGGUCUGAUUACGUUAACGACUGUGUGAGCUCUAGCACCAACUACUAUCCGCAGCCCAACGAGAUGGACAUUGGUUUAAAAAGAUCAUUUUUUUGCAGAAUUAAUAUCAACGCGCAAAGGAAGCAAAACGAGAAAGCUAUUUAUCAAAAAUUCAAAUGUUCUGGAGUUUUACGGGAAGGAAAGUCGCUCAGAGCAGUAUUAGUCUCAUCUGCGUUAGGAUAUCUCCCAAAUGAAUUAUUAGCCAUAAGUUAUUAUGAUCUGGUAAAUGAAGUACUAAGAACUAUGGAAUCUCGACAAGCAAGUUACCGGCUACGGGCCGCAUCUGAGGAGUCGGUGAUGUGCAGCUGCAUUUGGCAACCAUUUAGUAAUCCAUGGACAGAACAGCUGCAGUUUAUCGUGCUUUUACACACUACAGGUUAUCCAAGGAAAGACAAAGAACUAACAGCGGAGCAGAGCAUUUUGAAGCAGUUGCUGUCAAAGAAAAAAGCUUCAACAACAGUUCUUGGUGCCGCUCGGUUUGGCAACAGCGUUAGCAGCUGA